UCCAUGUUGCCUUGGUUACGGGGAUGGGCUCCACUGGCCGUAAAUACACCGCACCUUGACUGACUCUCUGGUGUGAAAAUUGUGUCCGCGCAAUUAUGAGUUCCGCAAAGCCAUAACGUUUACCUCUUUCACUGAAAAGUUACUGUACUUUUACAAAGACAUUGAAAAGCUUGUCGGCCUGUGAACCAAAUACCAUCAACAAGGAAACUUGCCACUGUGAACCUACACAGCAACAACAUGGAGCAAAGAGAGGUGCAAGAAGAGGAGAAGGAGGAGAAGGACAUGCACAUUACCAACACAACCACUCUCUGUCAAUGCAUUGUUACCUACCGGACAUUAUGGGAAAUUUACCAUUGAAACAUUAUUCCCAUUCAAAGAUGAUCUGGGAGUGGCAUCACGUUGCCAUAAGGCCCGUGGGUCAGUACCAGAGCAGAUGGGAGUGGGCUCUCUUGACCAAGACCAGGUGGACAGCCAGGGCACUAGGUGGCGCAGGUUCUGCAUGGGAAACCCUCCCCAGGAGAGUCUGGUCAACAUGAGUGUACUGGAGCCUUACCUUCGAGUCUUGUCCCAUGGGGGUUACUAUGGAGAUGGGUCUAAUGACAUCAUUGUGUUCUCUUCCUGCUAUCUCCCUGAAAACACCAUGGAGAACAACCAGUAUGUCAUGGACAACCUAUUCAGGUACAUUGUGGGAACGUUGGAACUGAUGGUGGCGGAGAACUACGUCAUUGUGUACCUGUGUGCCAUGGCCCAGCGCAACAAGCUCCCCGGCAUUGGCUGGCUCAGAGAGUGUUAUACCACCAUUGACAGAAGGUUGAGGAAGAGUCUGAAAGCUCUAUACAUUGUCCACCCGACCUGGUACAUCAAGGCCCUGAUCACCAUCUUCAAGUCCUUCAUCAGCUCCAAAUUCAGUCGCAAGCUUCAGUUUAUCGACAGAUUUCGGGAGCUGUCCCAGCACAUCCCUAUUGAGCUUGUGCAGAUCCCCGACUGUGUCAGACAGUUUGACGAGAACAUGGAAAGGUGACAUGUUCAGAAUGGUGAUCUGGAACAGUAAGGUUAGGUACAUGAAGCCAAAAAUGUGGACUAAAAAGGCUCAAAUCUGGCAACCCAUGACUUUGAUACUGAGGAUGAACCGGGCUGCCCAAUCUGAUAUCUGUUGUCCUGAGAUAACUUUAGUCAUACAUCACUUGACAAAGUAUCUACUGAAGGACCACAAGUAGAUGCACUGUGUACAAAAACUUUAUGAACACCUGCUCUUUCCAUGACAUACUGUCGACUGACCAGGUGAAAGCUAUGAUCCAUUAUUGAUGUCACUUAUUAAAUACACUUCAAUCAAUGUAGAUGAAGGGGAAGAAACAGGUUAAAGAAGGAUUUGGGCAAGACAAAGACAAGUGCCAGGCGCAUCCGUUUGUGUCAAGAACUGCAAUGCUGCAGAGUCAUUUUCAUUCUCAACUGUGUCUUGUGUUUCAAGAAUGGUCCACCACCCAAAGGAUAUCCAGCCAAUUUGACACAACUGUGGGAAGCAUUGGAGUCAACAUGAGCCAGCAUCCAUGUGGAACAUUCAACACCUUGUAGAGUCCAUGCCCGACAAAUUGAGGCUGUUCUGAGGGCAAAGUGAGGGUGCAACUCAAUAUUAGGAUGGUAUUCUUAAUGUUUUGUACACUCAGUUGUAAGUACAAUGUAACAAUGUGUACAUAUACUAAUUACUAUAUUACUAUCUACCAUGUACAGUGGCGACCCGUCAUUCAGGGCAAGUGGGGCAGAGCCCCACCUGUUUUGAGCACAGCAUUUUUGGGGCUUUCCUGUUCUGCAUGUUAUGGCGUUAAUACUUGUCACAUAUCAGUUUGCAAACAACGUAAAAAACAAUAUCAUUGAGUUAAUAAAGCCGCAUACAAACAUGGCCUCUUUUUUGUUUUCCUAAGGCAGCUCCAAAAUACAGAUGUUUCAGCUUAGCUCAGUGCUUUCUGUGGUGGUGGGGCAAGCCAGCAGAAAAUACAGAGCGGUGCGCCGUGAUUGGCUCAGUGUUCUGUCACUCAUGGGGACACUACAUCACCGCCAAGUUUAAAGGUAGAGCUAGAAAAUUUAAGCCUUUUGGGUGCUGCCAUAGAGUUUUUUUAAAUUAAUUUUUUGUUUUUUUAUAAAAAAAAUUAUCCCCUUUUCUCCCCAAUUUUGUGGUAUCCAAUUGUUGUAGUAGCUACUAUCUUGUCUCAUCGCUACAACUCCCGCACGGGCUCGGGAGAGACGAAGGUUGAAAGUCAUGCGUCCUCCGAUACACAACCCAACCAGCCGCACUGCUUCUUAACACAGCGCACAUCCAACCCGGAAGCCAGCCGCACCAAUGUGCCGGAGGAAACACUGUGUCCCUGGCAACCUUGGUUAGCCCUCCCUAACCCGGACGACGCUAGGCCAAUUGUGCGUUGCCCCACGGACCUCCCGGUCGCGGCCGGUUACGACAGAGCCUGGGUGCGAACCCAGAGUCUCUGAUGGCACAGCUGGCGCUGCAGUACAGCGCCCUUCACCACUGCGCCACCCGGGAGGCCCUGCUGCCAUAGAGUUACAUUAGAAGUGCCCAUCCAAGAAGGUUCAAGGUCAUUGGCCACAGAUAAAAUGACAUCAAAUCACAUAUCUACAGUAGCUUUGAUUGGACUGUUAACAUCAUACUUUCAAAAUCUUAGCAUGCAGUCAUCACGAAUCAAGUCGACAAUCUAGUGGCAAAUCAUUUUUAAUCCUUCUCAUAUGAAGAGAAAUAAUGAAGAGAAUUUAUAGAUCAAAUGUACCGGUGCUCAUUGGCCAUUUGACAUUACACAACGGGUUGGAAAUCGGAAAUUCAACAAUGAGUGGUUUGGAAGGAAUCAGUGGCUAACUGCAAGCAUCGCAAAGCAAUCAUUACCCUGCUAUUCAGUGGAGUGGUUAUGUGGUCUACGAUUAAGAGUCUCUUUUCCUAGUUUUAAAUUAUAAACAUUCAAAAUUGGCCAUGCUGUCACUGAAGCAUGCUUUGUGCCGCACUCACACCGAUUGUUAACUCAGAACUGCAAAAUCUGACUUCAGUGAGUUCAAGACAACUGGGAACUCGGGGAAAAACGAGCUAUAUGGCUGGGAAAAUACAUUUUGAACUUUCACCCACCUCAGAAUGCAUGCCUCUUUCUAGAGCUAUGACCUGAAGAUCACUGACAUCAUCAUGAUUCAACUUUUUUGUUGUUGUUGGAGUUCCCAGUUGUCUUGAAAACACCAUAAAUCCAGAGAAUGCCAGACUUUAAUGACAAAGGUUAAAGACAAAAUUUGCCCACGAAGGACCGCCUCGCCACCUUCCUGUUUAAGUGAGCACAGCACAGCAAGGUGAGUCCAAAAAUGUCUGGUAUUGUCACGCCCUGACCAUAGAGAGCCUUUUUAUUCUCUAUUUUGGUUAGGUCGGGGUGUGACUAGGGUGGGUAAUCUAGGUUGUUUUAUUUCUAUGUUGGCCUGGUAUGGUUCCCAAUCAGAGGCAGCUGUUUAUCGGUCUCUGAUUGGGGAUCAUAUUUAGGCAGCCAUUUCCUCACUGUGUCUUGUGGGAUCUUGUUUUUGUGUUGCCUGUGAGCACUCCAGAACAUCACAUUUAGUUUGUUCUUGUUUUUGUGCUUUUCAUUGAAUAAACAUGUGGAACCCACAUCACGCUG